UGAAAGCCUAGUGAUGCCGACCCCCAAAACAUCUGGAUCUGCUGGGAAGAGCUUCAGGAGGGCAGUGUCUGAACUGGACCCCAAACAAGCCGAGGCUAUACUGUCGCCACGCUUUCUGGGCAGGAGACAGAGUCUGAUAGAUGAUGCACGGAAAGAGAGAGAGGCCGCAGCAGCGGCAGCGGAAUCGUCAGAAUGCACAGACACCUUGGUAUUUGAAGAAAAAGAUGGAAAAGCCAUCAUCAACUUGCUCUUCUCAAUCAAAGGAAACAAGCCUUCAAUGUUAUCACGCACGCUCAAAGUGUUCGAGACAUUUGAAGCCAAAAUCCAGCACCUCGAAACACGACCAGCAAAGAAAGCGUCAGGGGCCACAGCAGAUCUGGAAUAUUUUGUGCGUUGCGAGGUACACCGUUCAGAUCUCAACACGCUCAUGAGUUCCAUAAGAAGGGUGUCAGAAGAUGUGAGAAGUACUCGAGAGGACAAAGUUCACUGGUUUCCUACAAAAAUUGCUGAACUGGACAAAUGCCAUCACUUGGUUACUAAGUUUGAUCCGGACCUGGAUUUGGAUCACCCGGGAUUUUCUGAUCAGGAGUAUCGUAAAAGAAGGAAGAUGAUCGCGGAUAUUGCCUUCUGCUACAAACAUGGUGAUCCAAUACCCCGAGUGGAAUAUCUGCCGGAGGAGAUUGAAACAUGGAGGGAGGUCUACUCUACCCUGAAAAGUCUGUACCCAACGCACGCAUGUAAGGAACACCUAGAGGCCUUCCAGCUCCUGGAGGCACACUGCGGGUACAGUGAGAACAACAUCCCACAGCUACAGGAUGUGUCAGGCUUCCUAAAAGAGAGAACAGGGUUCCAAGUGCGUCCUGUGGCUGGUCUUCUAUCCGCAAGGGAUUUCCUCUCCAGUUUGGCUUUUCGUGUUUUCCAGUGCACUCAGUACAUCCGACACGCUUCUUCACCCAUGCACUCCCCUGAGCCGGAUUGCUGUCAUGAGCUGCUUGGCCAUGUCCCUAUGUUGGCUGAUAAAACAUUUGCUCAGUUCUCUCAGGAUAUAGGCUUGGCAUCUCUUGGAGCUACAGACGAAGAGAUCGAGAAACUGGCGACGCUGUAUUGGUUCACGGUCGAAUUCGGCCUCUGUAAACAGGAUGGGGAACUGAAAGCCUACGGAGCUGGUCUACUGUCAUCAUAUGGAGAACUGCUGCACUCCUUGUCUGAUGAACCAGAGGUUCGGCCUUUCACCCCAGAUGAAGCAGCGGUUCAGCCAUACCAGGACCAGAACUACCAGCCAGUUUAUUUUGUGUCAGAAAGUUUUGCAGAUGCCAGAGAGAAGCUAAGGAGUUAUGCUUCCCGCAUUAAACGUCCAUUUGCUGUACGUUAUGAUCCAUACACUGUGAGCAUCGAGAUUCUGGACUCUCCUGGACGGAUUCAAAACUCUGUGGAAGAUCUGAGAGAUGAGUUACAGACUCUCAGCAAUGCACUUGCUAUACUUUCCUAACAUACCUCAUAAGUCUUCCAGCAUCAACGCCUUACACAUUCUAUCUAUGGCACCACCAUCUAAUGAAUUCCUAUCUAUGGCACCACCAUCUAAUGAAUU